GAUAAUCAGUCCAGAGUUCACCUGCCGUUUACUUGUUUCAUCCUCUCUUACCGUCGAGUUAUUCGCCUUUCUUUUCCCUUUUCUGCUCGAAUUGUGUUUCUCUGGAGAUCUGUUCCUUGGAGGCAGGAGUGACGCUGAUUGUGGAUUGUUGAGCGCUGGCCUGAUUGAGAUGUCAUGUGGAGUAGUUGCCUGCUCUGAGGUGACAGGAAAUCACACAGUCUACAGCAUUUAGCUCUCAACAGUUGGGUGCUCUUAACAAGAGUCCAGGGGGAGGGAUGAAAACCCCCAGCAGCUAAGAAAUCAGGAGUGUCUUGAAUUCAACGGAGGGGUCUGGUGUUAUUUCACUCUCUUUACCCCCUCCUCAUCCAAUCAGAGCAGCAGUAUGACCGGAAGACACCUCCAUAACUGAAGACAGGAUGCCACUGUGUAACUAUACAGGGUCAGAGGAUCUGCUGGGGAACAGCAGUGACACUGGGCAGGGCAACGUGGAGCAUGUCCUAGUCCCAAUAUUAGACGUGCUGAUUCUGGUGCUGGGAGUUGGCGGACACACCAUGGUGAUGGUGAUCCUGUGUGGGAGGCGGAGAAGAGGGGUAGGACAUAUUGGACAGUCUCCUCAAAGCUCCAUAACAGGCACAGGCACAGACGUCCUCCUGCUGGCUCUGAGUUCUGCAGACCUGCUUUUGCUCUCCAUGCUUCCCUUCCACACUGUUGCCAUAGCCAUGCAGCGAUGGCCUUUUGGGGACUUCAUGUGUCGUCUGGUGGGCUUCUUGGGAUCAGCCUGCUCCUCAGCAAGUGCCUUCACAUUGGCCACGCUGGCUGUGUCUCGCUAUCUGACUGUAGUGAAGCCUGCCAGAGCCUACAGCCUCCUCUCCCCUCGCCGGGUGUCCAUAGCUGCUGCACUCCUCUGGGUUCCAGCCUGCGGCCUGGCUGCCCCACAGCUGGUUUUUCGCUUUGUGGGAUCCCCACUUCGAGCCCCUGAUGGCCUCUCUUGCUUUGCUUUCCUGUCCCACCGAGACCAGCUGAUCUAUGGAUUGUUUCACUUUCUUGUGGCCUUCUUGCUUCCACUGGUCACUAUUGCAUUGGCAUACGCCAGGAUCUACAUGUUCCUGUGGGGGAGCCGGCAUACCGGCAGGGCCCCCCAAGUGGAGCGCUACCAGAGUAAAGUGACCAAGACGUCAGCCAUGCUGGUGCUAGCAUUUACGCUGUGCUGGCUGCCGUCCUAUGGCCUGACGCUGGCAUUACUGGCGGAUAAAAGCUCAGGCGCCACUGGUGCCUCGCCACGUUAUGGCCUCUUCAGUGUGUUUGCGCGACUCAUGGCGACCUCCUCUACAGUGAUGAACCCCAUCCUCUAUGUACUGAUGUCCCAAAAGUUCAGACAAGAUUUACUGAAGCUGUUCAAGAGGGGGCAAAGAGCCAGCGUGGCAGUGUCUAUGACUGCUGCCUGACUGCAUUAUUGUCAAUGACUAUUUUGAUGUAACUGAACACCUGACAGACAAACAAUGAGACUACUGGGAAUCACGGUAAAACAAUUACAACCCCAGUUACUUUGCUGACAGAAUCAUGAAAGAAAUGGAUAUAACCAUUACUGUCAUGAGGAAAGUCUACUUACCAAGUUAAAACAACAGCACUCACAAAAGCGGAAAAUAUUCAACAUCUUUUCCUCUUAACAACAUUAACUGGUAGUCUGGAUAUUGUAUGAGAAGAUCAAACCGGUAGCCCUGGGAGGUGCGGCUCCACAGGGACUGUGGGACAAACAAUCCUGAACCGUGCAUUCCUUGUAAAACUGCUUAAAGUAAAAGGCACUCUGGUAAAACAUUAACAGUGCACCUGUGUUUUGUUGUGCUGAGAUAAGGUGAAUGAAAGUCUAUCUGUAGGCCUGUUUAUGUUUGCAUACACUGUGUUCUCAAACCUCCAAUAAAUAAAGUCUUCCCUUUUGUUUCUAGUUUGGUUACAACUUCAUAAUAAAAGCUUACUGGUUGUGUUUAGAUGUUUAGUGUUUUGGGGAACACCAGCCGUUUCAUCCCAGGAAGAGUUCUCAAUGUGGGAUCUAAUGUUUACAACUAACUUUCUUAGUUAUUCACAAAAUAGUUGAGUAACUAAAAAUGACUAAAGACAGACCCAAUACCAACAAUGGGGAAUAUACUAAAUAUAAACUGGGAUAUAAGAACUGGGUGCAGGUUGAUUGUUAAAGGACAAUAGGGUUUUUUAGACUUAAACUUA